AACAAACCCUGGCGCAUGGCAAAGAAAUUAACUGUGCUAAGGGAGGCUCAAGAUUUUGUAGAAAAAUUUGAAGGUGCUUUGGGAAAGGGAAAAGGAAAAAAGUUGUAUGCAUAUAAGAUGAUGUUGACAAAGAAAUGGGUAAAGUUUAAGAGAGAUUUUGAUAAUUUUAAGACACAAUGUAUACCUUGGGAAAUGAAGAUAAAAGAAGUUGAAAGUCAUUUUGGUUCUUCGGUGGCAUCUUAUUUCAUAUUUCUGCGAUGGAUGUAUGGCCUAAACCUGGUUCUGUUUGGCUUAAUAUUUGGACUAGUUAUAAUUCCAGAAAUUUUAAUGGGCAUGCCAUAUGGAAGUAUACCUAGAAAAAUUGUGCCCAGGGCUGAACAACCCACUGCUAUGGAUUUCUCUGUUCUUUGGGAUUUUGAGGGUUAUAUUAAACAUUCAGCCAUUUUCUAUGGCUACUACAACAAUCAAAGGACAAUUGGUUGGUUAAAGUACAGGCUACCAAUGGCAUAUUUCAUGGUUGGUGUCAUCGGCGUGUAUGGUUAUAGCCUGAUGGUUGUAAUAAGAUCGAUGGCCCGGAAUGCCCAUGAAGACACAGGGGAUGGAGAUGAUGAGAACUUCAUUUUUAGCUGGAAAAUGUUCACUAGCUGGGACUACCUUAUAGGCAAUCCAGAGACAGCAGAUAACAAGUUUGCAUCCAUCACAACUAGCUUCAAGGAGUCAAUUGUGGAUGAGCAAGAAAGCAACAAAGAUGAAAACAUCCAUCUAAGAAGAUUUCUGAGGGUUCUGGCCAAUGUACUUAUAAUAUGUUGCUUAUGUGGAAGCGGCUACCUCAUUUAUUUUGUUGUGAAACGAUCCCAGGCCUUUUCAAAAAUGCAAAACAUUGGCUGGUAUGAAAGAAACGAAGUUGAAAUUGUUAUGUCACUACUUGGAAUGUUUUGCCCUCCACUGUUUGAAACUAUUGCAGCCUUAGAAGAUUAUCAUCCUCGCAUUGGGCUGAAAUGGCAACUGGGACGCAUCUUUGCACUUUUCCUGGGGAAUCUGUAUACUUUCUUACUGGCCUUAAUGGAUGACGUCAAGGAAAAGCUGACUGAAGAAGGUGUGAUCAGGAACAUCACACAUUGGACUAUCCUAACCUUCCAUAACUCAACUUCAAGGAAUGGAAGUGCUCUUAUUCCACCUCCAAUGGAUCCAGCUGAUAUACCUCGAGGACCUUGCUGGGAAACAACUGUGGGAAUAGAAUUUGUGAGGCUUACAGUAUCUGAUAUUCUUGUGACAUUUGUAACGAUCCUAGUGGGAGAUUUUCUUCGGGCUUGUUUUGUCAGAUUCGUAAACUACUGCUGGUGCUGGGAUCUCGAGGCUGGAUUUCCUUCAUAUGGAGAGUUUGAUAUUAGUGGUAAUGUGCUAGGUUUGGUCUUCAAUCAAGGAAUGAUCUGGAUGGGAUCCUUUUAUGCUCCAGGACUUGUGGGGAUCAACGUAUUACGUUUAUUAAUCUCCAUGUAUUUCCAGAGCUGGGCUGUUAUGAGCAGCAAUGUCCCCCAUGAACGAGUGUUCAAAGCUUCUAAAUCCAAUAAUUUUUACAUGGGACUCUUGCUGUUGAUUUUGUUCCUUAGUGUGUUACCAGUUGCAUAUACCAUAAUGUCUCUGCCUCCUUCCUUUGACUGUGGACCAUUCAGUGGAAAAAAGAAAAUGUAUGACGUCAUCCAAGAAACCAUCAAAUACGAUUUCCCACCUGUUGUGGCUAAAGUCUUAGGUUAUUUGGCAAAUCCAGGACUAAUUAUAACCGCAAUUUUGCUUAUGAUUCUUGCCAUAUAUUACCUGAAUUCUGUGGCUGAAGGAUACAAACAUGCCAAUGCAGAGCUGAAAAAGAAAAUGCAAAUGCAACGGGAAGAUGAUAAAAAUAAGAAUAAGAUUUCUGCCAAUUCUGCAACACAAGAACUAGAAGACUUGCUUGUUCCAUAUGCAAAAAACAUGGAAGGACCCAAUGCAGCUAAAGAUAAGCCUGUGUCACCAAGCUACAAAAACCAUUCUGCAGAGAAAGAAACAAAUUUAAGUCCUGCGAAAGGAGUCCUGUUGUCAUCCUCACCUUCUGUGGUGGCAUCCUCUCCUGACACCACUUCCCCAGGCUGUUAG